AUGGCGUCCCAAAAACGCAAGGCGAGAAGCGAUGAUUUCUUCUACUACACACUCGAGGAUGAGGAGGUUCUCGGCGACGCAGACAAGCCUGUGUCAAAGAAGGCCAAGAAGGCAGACGCUGUAGACGAAGAAGACGAGGGUGACGACGAGUUCGACCCGGGGUUUGAGUUUUUCGACGGCGGAUCCGAUAUUGGAUUUGAAGAUGAAGAAGAAGCCCCUGCCAGUCACGGUCUGGAACUGAAGGGAGCAGAAAGAAUUGUUGACCUGAACGAGCUCAUCAAACAAAGACGAGAGCGGAAGGAAGAAGAGGCGAAGAAAGAAGCGGAAAAGAAGGAGAAGAAGGAGAAGAAGGCAUCUGCCAUUACCAGCAAGGACGAUGAGGAUGACGAAGAGGAUGAGGAUGAGGACGUUGACUUUGACGACGCCGACGAUGAGGUGCUUGCAGCCGACGGAUUCGGCAUGGGUGCCGACUCAGACGAAGAGGAGGAGGAGGAGGAGGAAACAGAAGGCAAGAAAGGAAGUGACGAGGAGGAGGGGAGUGAGAAGGAGGAUGAGGAGGAUGAGGACGAGGACGAUGCGGCAUCGGACAACGACUCGGUGGCCACGCCGGUCGGUCAUCCGGACGAUAAUAGUCGGGACGACGAUGCAUCGUCGGUGUCGUCGGAUGAGGACAUGGAGGAGCGAGCACGACAGGAGGAGUACUUUGCGGCAGGCGAGAAGGAGAAGAAGAAGAGCGGGUCGGGCAAAGGAGCGAACGGAGGAGCGAACGGAUCGGACAAGACAGCGAUGUCGUUCCAGGCGAUGCGGCUGUUCUCACGACCGAUUCUGCGGGGAAUUGCGGCGGCCGGAUUCGACACGCCGACGCAGAUCCAGGCCAAGACGAUUCCGUUUGGCAUUGGGGGCCACGACGUGGUGGGCCAAGCAGUAACGGGAUCAGGCAAGACGGCGGCAUUCCUGCUGCCGAUUUUGGAGCGGCUGCUGCACCGGCCGACGAACGUGCCGAAGACGCGGGUGGUGAUCCUGACGCCGACGCGCGAGCUGGCGGUGCAAUGCCACAAGGUGGCGGUGAAGCUGGCGGCGUUCACGCCGAUCACGAUGGCGCUGACGGUGGGCGGAACGUCGUUCAAGUCGUCGGAGGCAAGCCUCCGGUCGCGGCCGGACAUUGUGAUCGGCACGCCAGGACGGUUCAUCGACCACAUGCGCAACUCGCCGAGCUUUGCGGUGGACGGGGUAGAGAUCCUGGUGCUGGACGAGGCGGACCGGAUGUUGCAGGACGGGUUUGCGGACGAGCUGAACGAGAUCGUGCAGACGCUGCCGCGAGGCCGACAGACGCUGCUCUUCUCGGCGACGAUGGGGGCGUCGGUGGACCAGCUGAUCCGGGUGGGGCUAAGCCGGCCGGUGCGGAUUCAGGCGGACGACAAGUCGCGGACGGCGGGGACGUUGACGCAAGCGUUUGUGCGGCUGCGACAGGGACGCGAGGACCGGCGGCUGGGGUACCUGGUGGAGCUGUGCACAACGCUGUACCGAGACCACGCGAUCAUCUUUUUCCGGGAGAAGCGCAGCAUCCACGAGGCGCGGAUCGUGUUUGGGCUGCUAGGGCUGACGUGCGAGGAGCUGCACGGCAACAUCAAGCAGGCGGAGCGGAUUGCGAGUCUGGAGUCAUUCCGGCGCGGCGAGGUGCAAUUCCUGCUGGCGAGUGACCUGGCGUCGCGUGGACUGGACAUCAAGGGCGUGGAGACGGUGAUCAACUACGAGGUGCCGAAGAACCUGGACGAUUACAUCCACCGGAUCGGGCGAACGGCGCGAGCAGGCCGGCGAGGUCUGGCGGUAACGAUCGUGUCGGAGAAGGACCGCAAGUUUGUCAAGGAGGUGGUGAAGGCGAUGCGGGCGGGAGGGGACAAGGAACAGAAAGAAAAGAAAGGCAAGACGGUGGGUGAGACAGGGUUGCCGAUGCCGCAGCAGGUUCGGAUCCGCAGCCAGCAGGUAGACCCAGCAGCAGCAGACCGGUGGCAGGCCAAGAUCGAUGCGAUGGCUGAGGACGUGGCCGAGAUCGUGGCGGAGGAGCGACAGGUGCGAGCGAUGGCGCAGGCAGAGAUGGAGGUGACGCGCGGAGAGAAUUUGCUGAAGCACCGGGACGAGAUCAUGGCGCGACCGAAGCGGACCUGGUUCGAGAGCGGGCGCGACAAGGAGGCGAAGCGGCAGCUGCAGCGGCGCGAGGCGCAGGCGGAGCGGUCGGACGAGACCAAGAAAUCGACGAUGGAGCGGCUGCGUGACCAGCUCAAGGCAAAGCACGGUGGUAGUGGUUGGCUCAGCCGCAAGGACACCAAGAAGCUGGACGCCAAGAAGGACCGGCUCGAAGGCCUGGGCGGACGCAAGUUGAAGCAGGAGAAGAAGGAGCUGGGCGCCAGCGGCAACAACAAGGCGCGCGGCAAGGUCAUCAAAGGCGGCAGCAAAAAGCAGCAAAUACAAACGGAUUGGUUAGAAAGCAAAGCACGCAGCGCCUCUGACAGCGGCUUUACGGACGACUGCAGCAGGUCCAGUGCACAGGCGCCCGCGAUGGAGGAGCGCGGGUCUCGACGGCGGCGGCUGGCGGCAAUGGCGGGCACGGUGUAUCGAGCAGGCGUAGCGGCGGCCAGCGAGAUCCGGGAGCAGUACAACAACAGCUCAUGGGCACGAGAGGGCGAGGACGGAGGUGAUGGCAGCAGCGGCGACACGGGCUUGGACGAUGACCGGCCGCCGAGCAUUCCGGGGGCAUUUCCAGACGUGGCAAUUGCGACGAGCGGCGACGCCCAGAUGAUCUUAUUUCCCAACUACUCGAUGCGGCACACGAGGCGAUUCCGGGAAAGCGGAGUAGGUAUUGUUGAUCUGGACAGCAAUGGAGGAAACGGGCUCGGGCUCGAUGACGGAAGCAUGGACUGGCACUACGAGUUUGCGCGGCGCGAGGACGAAAAGGCCGUGGUGGACGUGUAUGUGCACGGCUGGAUCUACCUGCCACAGCGAGGGCCGCUGAACCGGAAGAACCGGCUGCUGGUGGGCCUGGCACGACGGCUGAGCGGGAUCACGGCAGCCCAGCAGCAGCAGCAAGUGCAGCAGCAGGCGGCCUUGGCGGCACAGCAGGCGGGCGAGCAGCAGCGGAUUGCGCGCGAGGCGGCGGCAAUUGAGCGGCGUGGCCAGGGCGAGAAGGAGGUGGCCACACGGGGAGGUUACAGCGAGACGGCCGAGAGGGCAGCACAGUACGACGACGACGAGAUGACAGAGGCUUUUCGUCUGAGCAGCCAGACGGGCUUUCGUUCUCCUUCACCAUCACCAUCGCCGCCGACAACGACGACGACGACGACAAACUCACCGGCAACUGAGAUGAGCGAGGCGGAGCUGGCCAGGGCCAACACGAACCUGAUGGCGCGGCUCAGUCCGUUCCUGACGACGCCGGUAGUACAGCAGGCGGUGACGCUGUUCUUCUAUAGCGCCACACAGUCACAGUCGCGCACGUUAGAGACCAGCGAUGCCGGGCACUUUUCGGCCUGCACGCCGCUGGAUUUUGUGCCGACGCACGUGCGGGUGUUGGUGCCGACGCUGGAGGGGGGUAAUUGGGGUUCGGGAGGGGGGGCGAACGGGACCGGUUACGGCACCAGCAACGGGACCGGUUACGGAAGCCGGUCGCUGUCAGACCGUCCUCUCUCGGCCUCGCCCCUCUCAGCCGUGGCGCCCGUCAACCUGGUAGAGGACCGUGGCGUCAGCCUGAUCAGCGACAUUGACGACACGAUCAAGACGUCCAACAUUGCGCUGGGCACGCGCGAGAUCUUCCGCAACACGUUUGUGCGCGAGCUGGACGGCAUGGCCGUCGACGGGACGCAGACGUGGUACGGCCAGCUGCGACGGCUGGGCGUGCAGUUCCACUACUGCUCCAACAGCCCAUGGCAGCUGUUCCCGAUGCUGGCCACCUUUCUGGCCUGCAACGGCCUGCCGGCCGGGCCGCUGCAUCUCAAGCAGUACAGCGGCAUGCUGCAGGGCAUCUUUGAGCCCGUGGCCGAGCGCAAGCGCGCCACCCUCGAGCGCAUCCUGCGCGACUUUCCGCAGCGCCGCUUCCUGCUGGUCGGCGACUCGGGCGAGGCCGACCUGGAGGUCUACACCGAGCUCGUCCAGGCCCAUCCAGGACGCGUGCUAGCCAUCUUUAUCCGCGACGUCACCACGCCAGAGCAGCCGGCCUCUCUGGAGGUACAGUCACAGUCACAGCCACAGCUAAUACCACCACCACCACCACCACCACCACCACCACAACCAAGACCACCUCCCGGCCCUAUCAUGGGCACUCUCAUCGACCUCGACGACGACCCUGGUGUUCGCACGGCUAGCCCGGCUUCGUCGUUGCGGCCACCCGGAAGCCGCAAGCCCGUACCGCCGCCGCGGCCCAAACCCGCGGCCCUGCGCGGCUCCAUGACCGUGUCGUCUCCCUCGGUCGCAGUCGCCGUCUCGCCCGCCUCCCGUCCACUACCACCACCACCACCGCCGCCUCGACGCACCGCCACCGCCGGACCAUCCGGCAGUCCCGUGCUGGGACCACAGUCGCAACGGCCGCCCCGACGUGUCCGCACCGGCGGUCUUGAACACCCGUCACCACCGCUCGGACAGGACGUGCCUCGGAUACAGGCUCUCGCUCAAGAAGCGUUGCCAGCUCGGACACAGACCCCUCCGACCCAGACCCCCAAUCGCAAAGUCGACCUGUGGCGCCGUCGGCUGGCCCGCGCAGAGGACGUGCUGAUCCCCUUGGGCGUCGCGCUGUACACCUGGCGGCGCGGCCAGGACGUUGCCGCCGAAGCCGUAGGCAUCGUCAGGACGGCACUGGACAUGAGGUGA